UCUUUUUUGUGAAAACUUUUUUAUUUGAAUUACGCCUUGAUCACUUGAUUGAAGUACAAAACUUUAAGAAUUUCUUUUUAGUUAUUAGUUAUGCAUAAUAUAGACUCCGAUAGUGACGAUGAUCUCCCCGGAGGUUGGGUCCAAAAAUCGACAGAAGAUGGAAAUGUAUAUUAUGUAAAUUCUUGUACAAAUAAGAUACAAUGGACCCAUCCUCGAACAGGCUGUAAAAAAGUUAUUCCCAAAGAAUUGCCAUUUGGAUGGUCAAAAACUGUUGACGAAUCUGGUACAAUACUUUAUGUACACAAUGAAAGUGGUAGCAAGACUGAAGUAGAUCCAAGAUUAGCAUUUGCUAAAGAUGAAAAGAAACAUGUACAUGAUUUUCGUCAGCGUUUUGAUGGAUCAUCAACUGCUUAUCAGGUGCUACAUGGAGUUGAUCUAUCUGGGAAGUAUGCAUUUAUAACAGGAUCGAAUGCUGGUAUUGGCUAUGAAACGGCAAAAUCAUUAGCACGGCAUGGAUGUAAAAUAUUGUUUGCCAAUCGUAACAUGGAAUCAACACAGCAAGCUAUAAAAAAUAUAGUCAGAGAAACUAAUGCUGAUGAAGAGAAUUUGAAAGCUAUACAUUUAGACCUGGCUUCCCUGCAGAGUGUGAAAAAAUGUGCAUUAGCUGUCAAAACUUUGUUCUCUGACCAUUUGGACAUGGUGAUAUUAAAUGCUGGGAUAUUCGGUUUACCAUAUACUUUAACUGAGGACAAGUUAGAGGCAACAUUUCAAGUAAAUCAUUUAAGCCAUAUGUACCUGGCUUUGUUAUUAGAACCAUUACUGAGAAGAGGCUCAAGAGUAAUAUUUGUGUCAUCUGAAUCCCAUAGGUUUGCCAAUUUGAAAAAUGUAUUUACCCAACAAACUUUGUGUAUGAGCAAGGACCAGUAUACAUCAAUGAUGGCUUACAAUAAUUCAAAAUUAUUCAAUGUCGUCACUGCUAAAGUCUUAAGUGAAGAAUGGAAGAGUAAAGGUAUAUACGUUAACUCGCUUCAUCCAGGCAAUAUGGUCUACACUAAUCUUAGUAAUUCUUGGUGGCUAUUCCGACUCGCCUUCUUCUUAGUUCGUCCAUUUACUAAAUCUUUGCAACAAGCUGCGGCCACCACCGUGUAUGUGGCGACUGAUUCUGACUUGGAUGGAGUUACCGGCUUAUACUUUAAUAACUGCUUCUACUGUGAAUCGUCCACUUUGGCCAGAGACAAAGACAUAGCUACUGAAGUAUUUGCUAUCUCCCUCAAAAUGAUCAAAGAACGCAUGGGAGCAGAUCACAUUCAGCAGUACAUAGACAAGUACGUAAAAGACAAAGAAGAGCAGCGCUCAUGAUUUUUUUUAUUUAAAUGAAUGUAUAUUUUUAUGAAUGUUCAGUUGGGAUAAACAAUGGAAUAUUAUGGGGUUAUUAUAAAAGGUCAUAUUUGACAUCUAUCAAUCUCGACUUAAAAACAA